AUGAUAAGCACUGCAACUGCCAUGGCCGCCCCUACCAUAACUUAUCUUCUUUUCUUCAUGAUCUUCAUUUUGAUAAUGUUGCAUGCUCAAAUUUUCUGCAUAGAAGCGUCUUCUGAUGAAGAUAAAAAGCUACAUGUUGUUUACAUGGGCCAAGCUCCAUCACAAGAUAAUGGACAUUCUUACACAACAGCUGUUGCAUUGCACCUUGAUAUGCUCGAAUCUGUGCAUGGAAGCCGGGAGGCAGCAGAGGACUCGUUGAAGUAUAGUUAUUGGAAGAGCUUUGGUGGAUUUGCUGCUAUGCUUUCUUCAUCCCAUGCCCAACAGCUCUCAAAUAUGGAUGGUGUGGUCUCUGUGUUUGAGAGCAAGGAAGUGCAACUUUUAACCACAAGAUCAUGGGAUUUUGUUGGCUUUCCUGCUUCUGCUCAGAAUAAUAAUCUGGGUUAUCAAAGUGACAUCAUCAUUGGUGUCAUUGACACAGGAAUAUGGCCAGAAUCAGAGAGUUUCAGUGACACUGGAUUUGGUCCAGUGCCAUCCAAAUGGAAAGGUGGAUGUCACACAACAGCAGAUUUCCCUGCCUGCAACAAGAAACUAGUGGGAGCAAAGUUUUAUCGUACUUUACCAUAUCCAGCACCUUCAUUUGAUUUUCUAUCUCCAAGAGAUCUAUUUGGCCAUGGAACACACACCUCUUCUACAGCUGCUGGAAAUCAUAUAAAAAAUGCUAGCCUUUAUGGGAUUGCUAAAGGAGAUUCAAGAGGUGGAGUCCCUGGAGCAAGAAUUGCUAUGUAUAAAGUUUGUUGGGUUGCUCUGAUAGCUCCCGCAUGUUCAUAUGCAGACAUUCUUGCAGCAUUUGAUGAUGCCAUCGAUGAUAGUGUAGACAUAAUUUCUAUUUCACUUGGUUCAAAUAUAGCCCUUAACUACUUUGAGGAUGUUAUUGCCAUUGGAGCAUUUCAUGCGAUGAAGAAAGGGAUUUUGGUGUCAAAUUCAGCUGGAAAUUCUGGACCUAACAAGGGAUCAGUUGUCAAUUCUUCUCCAUGGUCUCUAACUGUAGCUGCAAGCACCAUUGAUCGCAAAAUGGAAUCUGAACUUCUUUUAGGGAACAACAUAUCUAUACAAGGACUUUCUAUAAACACCUAUACUAUGGAGCAACCAUGGUAUCCUUUAGUAUAUGGAGGGGAUGUUGCUAAUAUUUCUGGAGGCUUUAAUUCAAGUUAUUCAAGCAUUUGUGAACCUGGUUCUCUAGAUAGCACAAAAGUGAAAGGAAAGAUAGUGCUUUGCUAUUACUAUCCAGAUGAACCAGACGAUUCCGUUUAUUCUGCUGGUGGUGCAGGUGUUAUCAUAAUACUAGAUUCAUUGAAUGAUACAGCAUUUACAUGGUUUAAUCCUGCAACAGUGAUAUCGAGUAAACAAGGAGAACUUGUAUUUUCUUACAUCAACUCUGCUAGAUCUCCUAUUGCAAAAAUUCAAAAAACUACGACUCCCAAAAUAUCAGCACCCAUUGUGGCUUCCUUCUCAUCUCGAGGUUACAAUCCAAUUACUUUGGAAAUUUUGAAGCCUGAUAUUACAGCACCAGGCGUAGAUAUUCUAGCAUCUUGGCCUAGUAAGACACCACUUACUUACUAUACAGAGGAGACAAGAUACCCUGAUUUCAAUAUAAUAUCUGGAACCUCCAUGUCAUGUCCACAUGCUGCAGGAGCUGUCGGAUUUAUAAAGUCAUAUCAUAAUGAUUGGUCUCCAGCUGCUAUCAAAUCUGCUCUAAUGACUACAGCAUUUGUAAUGGAUCCAACACUUGUUGGAAAUGGAGAUGCAGAAUUUGGGUAUGGGGCCGGGCAAAUAAAUCCAUUGAUGGCCAUUGAUCCAGGGCUUGUGUAUGAUGCAAAUGUAGAUGAUUAUAUCAAUUUGCUUUGUACAGAAGGUUAUAAUGACACCACAUUGCGUUUGGUGACAGGAGACUCUAGCAGUUGUGACUUUAUAGAGCCAUCUAAAAUUGGAGCAAGAAAACUUAACUACCCUUCAAUAAUGGUUUUUACUGCUUUAGAGAAAUCGUUUCAAGCUGAAUUCCCCAGAACUGUUACCAAUGUAGGAGUUGCAAAAAGUACAUAUAAGGCUAUUUUAAGUGCACCCUCUGGGAUCAAUGUGACAGUAGAACCAGACACACUAUCAUUUACAUCAUUGAACCAAAAGUUAUCAUUUAAUGUUACAAUUGAAGGCGGAUCCAUAGUUUCUGAGACAUUGCUUUCAGGUGCCUUAACAUGGAGCUAUGCAAACUACACUGUUAGAAGCCCAAUCACUAUCUAUGCUAUUUAA